UCUCUUCCUCCUUCCCUCCUCCUCCUUCUCCAUCCCUUCUUUCCCGUUCUUCUGAUUUCACGUCACAGCAGCCCAUCUCUAUUCGGAUCCGCAUCAACACCGCUGCAGCAGCCUUCCCGUGAUCGGUGCUGCAUCAAGUAUUCAAUCCAAGCCAACUUCGAUAGCAUGCCAAGAGCCGAAACCAGCAUUUUCUGGACCCGUUUCAGACAUUUUGCCCCAAUCAUCAAGCAAUUUUUGCCCCAAUCAUCGAUUGCUUGAAUAAUAUUCACAAACCGGAAAUGUAAUAUUUAGCCUUCCUCUACUAAACGAGGCGUUGCCAGGUCACAUCAUCCGCAAAACUAUAACAAAUUUUUUUGUUGGUAAUUAACUAUAACAAUUUUUUUGGACUAUUAUGGCUCAAGAGAGCCCAAGCAUCCAAGAUUUCAGCUCCCAAGACGGCAAGACCUACCAAUUUAUGCAACAACCAGCGACUAGUCCCAGGCUCCCAGCGCAAGCCCCCUAGUCUCCUAAAUCCCCGUCCUGAUUUUCGAAAAAAUCAACACGGGCUCAAUUCUCAUGCUCACUCCACUGCAUGAAACAAAAUGUCCAAAUCCUACUCCCUCGACCCAAAAUUAACGCGCUCCCACCACCCCUGAACCCAAUCUCCUGCAGUAAUAACGCGCACGCACUCUCUUUUACGGUACUGGGAUACUUGGAAAAAUCGCGAGCGAGCCCCCAUGGAAAAAACCCUCCUCCCUUAUUCUCGCCUUCUUCUCCUCCUCCCCCUUUGGCUUCUUCCUCGUUAGGGCAAUCUUUCACUCACCUUUCCUCCGUCUGUCUCUCUUGCUCACCCUUCUUCGUAUGCCUUGAUGCCUCUGUCUCAGACUCAGGCGGCGGCUGCGGCCGGCGGCAGAAAGCGGCGGAAGGGGCGGCCGGCGGGCUCCCGGGCGCGGAAGAAGCAGAAGAGGCUGGAUGCCAUCUGCGACAACCCCUCCGGUCUUUCGAUCGCCGCGCCUAGGUCGCCGGAGGACGAUUCUGGCCGUCUUCGCCGCAGCUCCCGUGUCCGGAGAGCCCCGGCCGUGCUGGACGCCUCCCCCGUGCCCUCUCGCCGGAGGAAGAGGUCUAGAGAUGGAGAUUCGCCAGUUCGGAUAGGGGGUGGUGGGAGUCGGAAGAGGAGGAGGAAGAAGAAGAAGGGGAGGAUGAGAAGGGAUGGAGAUCGUCAAGAUGAGGGAAAGGCGCUUCUUCUGCGGAGGAAUGAGGCGUCUUUGAGCUCUUGUGGCCAAGAAACUAAGGAUUCGGAGGUGGAAGCAGGGAAUUGGAGGUCGAGACUACGAUCUAGGGUUGCGAAGGUACGGGGCAAGGCCCUCUUUUUUGGUGAAAAGAAGCAUCUUCAGGCAUCGGAUAGGGUUGCUAGAAAGGAAAAGGAGCCAUCGAAGCCAGUGACUAUGGAGGGGAUGAGUGCGUUGGAUUCGCCGGCAUUAGGAUCCAAGAGGAGGAGGAGGAGGAGGAAGAGGGUUUCUAGUGAUGAGAUAUCUGAGGGUGCUGAAGAACCUGGAGAUCGAGCUGCCGUAUUGCCUUCAGAUGAUGGGAAAGAUAGCGGCCAGAAGGCAUCUCCUGAAGAGGAAAUUAAAGCUGCCUCUGAUUUGCAGCUUGGUUGUGAACCAAACGAGGACUUGCAGACUGCUGAACAGACUCAGGAGGUUAGAGAAGAGGCUGAAUGUACGAAAGUUGGGGGAGAAGAGAAAGGUGAUGAGCCAUUCGAACAAGGGGCUGCAUAUCCUAUUCCCCAGGUGGAAAAUACUGACUUGGGAAAUGAUGCAGCCAACCAAUCAGGCGAACAUCUUAACAGCAAAGCUGUUGAUAAUGGGGAGAUCCUAAAGGAAGAUAAUCUGAAACUGUCCAUUUCACAAGACAAGCUUACCCAGCCACAUGUGAAAGAAGGUCGAAGGUGUGGCCUUUGCGGGGGAGGGGCUGAUGGGAAGCCGCCAAAGAGACUUGUCCAUGAGUCCAUAGAGAGUGAUAACGAGGCAUAUGAAGGAUCAUCAGCUUCAGAGGAACCUAACUAUGAUGUGUGGGAUGGGUUUGGUGAUGAACCCGGUUGGCUUGGUAGGCUUUUGGGUCCUAUUUGUGAUCGUUUCGGCAUGGCUCGUGUUUGGGUUCAUCAGCAUUGUGCUGUUUGGAGUCCGGAGGUUUACUUUGCUGGUUUGGGAUGCCUGAAAAAUGUUAGAGCUGCACUUUGCAGGGGAAGGGUAUUGAAAUGCAGCCGUUGUGGGAGGCCUGGAGCAACUAUUGGUUGCCGUGUUGAUCGGUGCCCUAAAACCUACCAUUUGCCUUGCGGCCGAGCAGAUGGUUGUAUAUUUGAUCAUCGCAAAUUUCUCAUAGCUUGCAAUGAUCAUCGGCAUCUUUUCCAACCUCAAGGAGAGAGUUACUCUCAACAAAUUAGGAAAAUGAAAUUUAAGAAAUUGAAGCUGGAUAUGAGAAAGCUUUCACAUGAUUCAUGGAGGAAGGACUUGGAGGCUGAAGAGAAGUGGUUAGAAAAUUGCGGAGAGGAUGAAGAGUUCUUGAAACGCGAAGGCAAGAGGCUUCACCGAGAUCUUUUAAGAAUAGCACCUGUCUAUAUUGGGGGUUCUUAUGAAAAUGAAAAGUCAUACCAGGGUUGGGAAUCUGUUGCUGGGCUCCGAGAUGUCAUCCAGUGCUUGAAAGAAGUGGUAAUAUUACCCCUUUUAUAUCCUGAGUUCUUCAGUACCCUGGGCAUCACACCUCCUAGAGGUGUUCUAUUGCAUGGAUAUCCCGGUACAGGUAAAACAUUAGUUGUACGGGCAUUAAUUGGUGCAUGCUCUCGCGGGGAUAAGAGAAUAGCUUAUUUUGCUCGUAAAGGUGCUGAUUGUUUGGGAAAAUAUGUUGGUGAUGCUGAAAGACAAUUAAGACUUCUUUUUCAGGUAGCUGAGAAAUCUCAACCUUCUAUUAUCUUUUUUGAUGAAAUUGAUGGGUUAGCUCCAUGUCGGUCUAGGCAUCAAGAUCAAACACAUAACUCUGUUGUGUCAACUUUGCUUUCCUUGCUUGAUGGUCUGAAGUCUCGAGGUUCAGUUAUAGUGAUAGGUGCUACAAAUCGUCCUGAUGCUGUUGAUCCUGCUCUUAGGCGACCAGGGAGAUUUGAUCGGGAAAUAUAUUUUCCACUACCAACACUGAAGGAUAGAGCUGCUAUUCUGUCACUUCAUACUCAAAGUUGGCCAAAUCCUGUAUCUGGGUCUCUUCUUUCACGGAUUGCAAAUCAAACUGCUGGUUAUGCGGGUGCUGAUCUGCAGUCUCUUUGUACUCAAGCAGCAAUGAAUGCUUUGAAGAGGAACUGUGCCUUACAAGAACUUUUAUCUUCUGCUGAAAAAGGUUCUGAUCAUUGCAGACUUCCUCCUUUGCCAGAAUUUGUCGUGGAGGAAAGAGAUUGGUUAAAAGCUCUUGCACUUGCUCCUCCUCCAUGUUCCCGAAGAGAAGCAGGAAUGGCUGCAAAUGAUGUAGUUUCUUCACCACUCCAUUCUCAUCUUGUUCCAUGUCUUCUGAAACCGCUGUCUCACCUGCUCAUCUCAUUUUACAUUGAUGAGCGGAUCUGGUUUCCUCCUUCCUUUCGCAAGGCAUUGCAAUCUAUUGAAUGUGCCAUUAUUUCUGCCUUAGAACAGAGAAGUAUCCCUGUCGUCUCUUGGUGGUCUGAGCUUCAUUCUUUAACUUCGGACCCGUAUUUUGCAAAUGAGAUAGAGAAAAUUCUUUCUCGCUAUGGCCUGGUAAUGGGUCCAUCAGGAUCUGGUCAUUCUUAUCCAUUGGAAGAUGACAAUGAUGUCUUUGAAAAGUUUGAUUCCUCUAGAUCAAAGACUUCUGGUUCUUGUACACACAGUGAGUCAAUGCAGAAGUCACUUCAAUUGGGGAAUUCAUCAGGAUUUCGAACUUUGAUUGCUGGAACUCCCAGAUCUGGCCAACAACAUCUGGCUAGCUGCCUUCUUCAUGGAUAUGUGGGCCAUAUUAAUAUUCAGAAGGUUGAUUUGGCUACUAUUUCUGAAGAAGGACAUGGAGAUAUUAUUCUUGGCCUUACCCAAAUUCUAAUGAAAUGCCUGAAUGUGGGAAGAUGCAUAAUCUACAUGCCUAGAAUUGAUUUAUGGGCUAUCGAUGAGACUCGUGGAGAGGAUGCCAAACAGAGCGAAGGCAGUCCAAAUGCCUGCAAGUCAUCCCAAGAAGUAGGAGUUGAUGCAGCAAAAAGUUCUUCACAAGCAUGGAAUUCAUUUGUUGAGCAAGUGGAUUCUGUGUGUGCAUCUGGAUCUAUAAAUAUUCUGGCUACUUGUGAAAUGCAGAAUCAUGAUCUUCCUCUUGCAAUAAGGCAUUUUUUUACCAGUGAUGCUGUGAAUCAUGCUGAUUCUGCUCCUUCAGAACAUACGACACCACGAUUUCUGAUGUGUAUUGAUGGAAAAUUUAAUCCUAAUCUGGUGAUUGAUUCGUGUGCAGCAAAAUUAUCAGAGGACCUAGUUCAGCAUUAUGCACAGCUGGUGCAUCACAGAACUCAUGUAAGCAAUUCUCAUGAUAAAAAUGAAGUCUUCCCUGCAGUGAAAGCUAAUGCAGAACCCCCAAGGCUAAACAUGGAUACUUCUGUGGAUGCUGAGUGGACUGUUUCAAAUGCUGGGGCAUCUUUCAGGGACAAAGAAACCCAGCAAGGCACAAAUGGUGAUCAGAGAUGGCCACCAUCAUCGAAGAUGAGAGGCCAUGACAAGGUUGAUCUUCAGCUUGAUAGCCAUGAAGGUUCAAUUCCAAGGAUUUUUCCUGGUAAAGCUAUGAAAGGGAGUUCAAUGUUAGCAAUUGCCACAUUUGGUAAUCAGAUUUUACGAUAUCCACAAUUUGCUGAGCUUUGUUGGGUAACCUCGAAACUGACAGAAGGUCCCUCCGCAGACAUAAAUGGGCCUUGGAAGGGUUGGCCAUUUAAUUCUUGUUUGAUGGAUUCCAAUAGUUCACCCAACAAGGUAGUUGCUGGAGCAAACUCAAGCAAUUUUAAGAAUCGUGAAAAUUCUGGUGUUGUAAGGGGUUUAGUGGCUGUGGGUUUAUUGGCAUAUAAAGGUGUCUACACAUCAGUUAGAGAAGUCUCUGUUGAAGUUAGAAAGGUUUUAGAGCUUUUAGUUGGGAAGGUUCGAGCUAAGAUUUUGGGCAGGAAGGACAAAUACCGUUACCUUCGACUUCUGUCACAAGUGGCUUACCUAGAAGAUAUUGUUAAUAGCUGGGCUUACACAUUCCAGAGUGUACAAACUGAUAAUCAGAUUACAAUGUCAAACACCAAGCCAGUGAUUACCGAGAGUCUUUAUGUAGAUAAUAAUUUGAGCAGCAGUAAUCUUGUUCAUGAUCCUUUGAGCAUGCAGAGUGUACCAAACGUAAGCUGCAAUGAAGAGGUUUCACCCAAAGGAAGUCCUCAUAAAUUAGUUACCAGUAAUGGAGAAUGUGUUGAUUUUAAUGAAGGGACAUCACCUAGUUCUGAUACAAGCAUCAUACCAGAUGUUAAUCAUUUUCACGAGCCUAGUCACUCCAGCUUUCAUUCAGGUUCUACCUCAGCUGCAACUACACUAAACGGUAAUGGAACUUAUGGAUCAAAGAGUCCAGCACCUGCUAAAAAGCUGGAGGAUAUGAGACAUGUUGAUGGCUUGGGAGUGACAGAAAGCCAUCUUCCUUCUGAGGCUAAUAUGUGCAAUCUUGACAGUUCAGUUGCAGUGACCAUGUCUUGCUCAAAAGAGGCUAGUGACAAGUAUACUUGUCUGGACAAUUAUCAUUCUUCAGGCAGUGGUGGGCACGUUACUGAUGAACUUGGUACAGUUUCUGAGUUCGCACAGAGAAAGAGUAAUGAGCAUUCAGUUGUCUCUGGGACUGCAUGCCUGUACUGUUGUUGCUCUAGAUGUCUACGUGCUAUCUAUGUGUUGGUUCGUAGAAUUCUCUAUGAUUGCUGGAGAUCUAAUGGCCGUUAUUCAACAAUAGAUGAUAUCCACGAUCUACUUGCUUCGUUUUCUUUGCGUCUUUUAGCAGUGGUACGGCAAUCUUAUAUUUCUCAAAGUAGCACCAACUCUGAAGAAUGCUUUGGAAAAAAUCAGGGUCAAAGAGUUCAGUCCGAGUGCUGUGCUUGUCAGGACAUUGUUCACAAGCAGGUUAAGAAAAUGUCGUCUCAGCAAAUGGUCCAUUUCACGCCAACAGAAUGCAGUUGCCACAUAAGAAAUGAGGAGGAUUCUGAAAUAGCAAAUAGUGAAAGUAUUUCUCUAUUACAAUCAGCCCUAAAUUUUUUCUUCAGAGAUGGUGUAUUAAUGCCUUCACAUCCCCAUAAAGGAGCUGUACUUCAUUGCAGAUUUGAGAAAUUAUGUGCGUGUUCCAUAUUAGAGAUGAUAUGGAUGAUCAAGCAGCCACUGCGUUAAUGCCAUAUAGUUAGUUAAGUUUCCUGCUGACUGAAGAAACCAUUCAUCUUUUUUGUUGACACUUAGGUUUUGUCCUACUUCUUGGUCUAAUUUUGCAAAAAUUAAGUAAUGUUCUCAAUUUUUUACAUACACAGAUAUGAAAGGUUUAGGAAGUUUUGAAGCCCUUUAUCUGGGUGCUAAUUUCGUUAGCAUGUAAAUAUUGCUACAAGGUUAUUGUCAUAUCAAUUUUGUGGGAGUUCUCAUAUACUUUGAUUAUAUCUUGUUCUCGAAGUGAAUUUUUAUCGUGAAAUAUCCAGAUUGCAUGAUUAUUAUUGAUGCAAGACUGCUAACAUCUUGCACUAUUUAUAAUCUUUGGUUCUGUUUCUGGUUUAUUGGCAUGUAGAUGGGUGCUUCAUGUUGUUGCCCAAAGUUCUUCUCUGGAGAGUUACAUCAUCAAUAAAUUGAUUGUUACAUUACAUGUUUACUUCCUGAAGCAUGACCACUAGUUGACAAAUGAUUACAUUAAUAUUUGGAACCAUAUGGAUGUGAAUCUCUCUCUCUUUCUCUCUCUCUCUAACUCAUCCCACAAGGGAGACAACAUACCAAAUUGGUAAUAGGGAAUGUUGGGGAAUUUGAUCGGGAACCAUGUCCUAGCAUUCCUUCUAGGGGUAUACGAAACUCUUGAUCAGCCCUUCGGUUUCAGAUUUGCGUUGAGGCUGUCCUGAAGGUGCUGUAAUCAUGUUACUGUCUGAAUGUCUUAUUGUAAUUGAAGUCAGGAUUUUUGACAUGCUUCUGCUAUUCAGAAGGUGCUCUGGGAUUUUAAAAGAGUUGCAACCAAAUGAGGUAUGCUUGUGAACUAGAUAUUCUUUUUUUGUACUUUUGUAUUUAUUUCUAUUUUUCAUUGGUGUCCCAAAAGUUAAGCUUACUAAAUCCAUCAUGAUGCAUAGCUGACUUUUAAUUGCUGUCCUAUUGUUUCUGUUUGAGUUAUAUCAUAUCCAUUGAAUAGUAGCUCUACUGUCCAUGAAGCAGUUGGAUGAUUUUCGGAUCUCUGCUAUUAGGUUGAAAGUAUAGGAGCAAGAAAUUACUUCUUAACAUUUGGGAAAAACUAAAUUAUUUCAACAACGUCUCAGAUUUUUCAGAUAUUUAACUUUUGGACAAUGAAGAUGGUUUAUUUUUAAUGAUUAUAUUGAAAAGCUAAUCUUGUCAGUCACCAAAUAUGAAGUGAGAAGCCUGUGUACUUCUAAGCAAGCUUCAGUAUAUGCAUGCUUGUUAGGUUAUUUUCAUUUUAAUUGAUGAUUCUUGCUGGUGCAAGUUGGUGCCGUUGUCCUGGUCCUCCAUAAUUUAUGAUUUACAGGGCUUUCUUCUGUUUUAGAGGGUUCAUUUUCAGACAUGAUUGUGAGCCUUGCACUUUUGACCAGUUUAGGUGCCAAUCUAACGUCUAAGUUUUGUUUCCUUGUACGAUUUUGUGCACAGAGUUAUGCAUGUAGUUCUUUGUUCUCUGGUUAGUGUUAUCCUGUUUUUAUGGAUAUUUGCCCCUCUAGUGUUAAUAAUUCUCUUCCAUUCUCCGGUUUGAUUUAUGUCACUGCAUGCUUCCAUUGACAUAAACUGGAAUCAAUGUACUGUUGUCAGAAUCAUUAAUGUGUCUCUUCAGAGUACUUGAAGAGGAUAGCAAGCUUAUUAUGCUUUGCUUAAAUUGAACUUUCAGAUGAAGGUUUUCUUUCCCCGCCAUGUAUUAAUUAAUGAUUCAACUGAAAUUAAUGUUGCAGUUAGUUUAGUUGUACUCCAUCCGGUUGGUUCUAUGAAUUUGGAUUUGUUAGAUUUGACUACUUCAUACUUCACUAUCUUAGGCCCCGUAGCAUGCAUCUUGCUUUCUCUGGUAUUGGCCUUUUUGAUUUCCCAUAGCACAAUAAAGCAAAUACUCAUACGCUUCUCUUGUAUUAAAUGGCUAGAACUAUAUGGCUUCCACCUAGUUGCAGAAUCCUUGCAUCUCAUCACUCAAAAGUAAAAUUUUGUGGUUUGUGCAUCUUUAUGGAAGUAUAAUUUUAGUUUUUUUAAGGUUCAGUCACUUUUUCCCUAAAGUAACUUCUUUCAGGUUUAUGACCUGCCAUGUUUUCUUUGUGAAUAAUCAAAGAGAUUUGUCCUGUGCUACUAGACUUACAAAACUAGGUAGAGGUGGGAAGUUUUAGAUCAUCUUGUUUGCAAUUUUACUCUUUUCUUUUGUGUAUUGCUAACCGGCCAUUAGACUCCAACAGGUUAAGCUGUUGUGGAAGAGGACAUACAUAAUUGUUCGUGUUGUUUUCAGGUCCUUCAAAAUUUCCAUGAUAUGCAGUGGCCAGCUGAGGUGAUGUCAGGGCACAGUGCUAGAGUGAUGGGAUGCGACACAACUUUUGGGCACAUGUCAAAGACCAUUUGGUUGUUCGUAGAAUAAGUUGAAUGGGAGUAAUUUUUAAGCCCAGAUGAUCCAACUUCAGGUACACUAUUUACAUAAACAGAGUUGGAAGUCUUGUUCCUUCCUCUUGCUAUUAAUAAAGAUCAGCCAGUUACUAAUCUUAUUAUAAACUGUAAUUCUGCUCAUAUUUUAUUCCUGCAUUACUUUGAUAGUUGAGAGGUUUGCAUGGAGAACUAGAGAGAAGUGACAAGGCAUACUAUGGUAGCUUUUCAUUUCAUGUAACUUAUCAUUGUGAUGUUGUUCAAAUGAAGCAUCCUGAAGCAAGUUCUCUCUGAUGUUGGCUACCCGACAAGAAUCUGUUGCUCUGCCUGCUCCACCCUGCUAAAGAUACUUCUCUGUUGUAUGUUGGUGUGUCACUGGUACAUGGCUGGGUUGCAACUUCGGUCACUAAUUCUAUCUUCAGUUGGCCUGUGUUUCCUGAUACUCCAAGCUCAGCUGUGCUGGAUAUUUUUGAUUGGGAUGGUGAAGUUGCUUUAGAUAUCUCCGGAUGAGCUGGUGAAUUUGCGGUCAUAAAUGAAGGUGAGGCUCCCAAUAAGGGAUUUGCAGGACUGGAGUUCCUUGUUGCUAGGUUUCUCUUUGCAACUCUUUGCCAUUUCCUCAAGCCCCAAACAACACAAACUGCAAAUAUUGUCUCUUUCAUUGAAGAUCCCAUCUUGAUACAAACAAAUCCAGCCAACCAUGCGAGGGUGAGUAGAUGUUCAAAAAUACGCCAAAUUUUAAUGAAUCUGGGAACAAUGUGUGCACUUAACAGUGUGACCAAUGAGUACAGGGGUAGGAUUCUGUAUGCGCACCGGAACAGGAUCAGCGUUCCAAUUCCAAGGCCAAGGGCAUCAGCCACUGCUUGUCGAUGGCAGCGUGAUCUGAACCCAAACUUGUACUGUUCUAAGAGGUUAAAUAUGUUGACGGUAAUGAGAGAUUUGGAUUUAGAAGAGAAGAAUCUCAUGCUUACACAAGUCCAUGUGAAGAAUGCCAGUAGGAAUGAUUUCUUCUCCAUCAACAAUCAUACCAUUAUUAUAUAUGCAUUAUAUGUUCGUAUAUGUACCGACAAAAAAAUUCUUGCAAUGAGUUAUUUAAACACUGAUGGUGAGAUAUGAUCAGGUUGCAUU